CCAAAGCCAAGAAGAGCUCUCAAACCCACCACCGCACCGCACCGCAAGAGAGAGAAGGAGAGGGAGCAGAGACCACGCGAUAAAGGGGAAAUCAUGGAGGCGAUUUGCUGUGGAGAUUCGGGUGCGUGAUCUGGUCGGAUCUUGCUUUUCUGGGAAGAAGAGGAGAGUGCUGGUGGUGGUGGUGGCGGUGUGAUGCGGUCAUGUGGUGCGCGUUUCUGCGUGCCGUGCGCCAUGGCAUGAUGCCCGCCUACGCCUAGCUUAUAUCCUCGUCUUCCUCCCUCCCAUCCCCGAGAUGCCGCAUUAGCCACCGAAAGACUCCAUCUUCCCCAGCGGCAAGGAAGAAACCUCCGAGAUUUCCCACCUCCACCUCGUCUGAGCGCGAGGAAGAGGAGAGCGAUCGAGGGAGGCUCACCGCGGAUUGGCGCCAUGACGGUGGUCGACGCCGAGUCCCGGUUCCACGUCUUGGCGGUGGACGACAGCAUCAUCGACAGGAAGCUCAUCGAGAUGCUGCUCAAGACCUCCUCCUACCAAGUGACCACGGUGGAUUCCGGGAGCAAGGCGCUGGAGGUGCUGGGUCUGAGAGAGGAGGGAGACGACUCAUCACCCUCUUCUUCCUCCUCCUCCCCCGACCAUCAGCAGGAGGUGGGCGUGAAUUUGAUCAUCACUGACUACUGCAUGCCUGGCAUGACAGGAUACGAUCUGCUGAGGCGGGUCAAGGGCUCAUCUUCACUCAAGGAUAUUCCGGUGGUGAUCAUGUCUUCCGAGAAUGUGCCUGCCAGGAUCAACAGGUGCUUGGAAGAUGGCGCGGAGGAGUUCUUCCUGAAGCCCGUGAAGCUCGCCGACAUGAAGAAGCUCAAGUCCCACCUGGUCAGGCGGAAGCAGCCGCAGCUCCAGCCACAAGAGAAGCCACUGCCGCAGCAGCAGAAGCCAGAGCCAUUGCCGCAGCAGCAGAAGCCAGAGCCAGUGCCGCAGGAGCAGAAACCGGAUCAAGCACCCCAGCAGCCGGCGGAGGAUGCGCCGGCGCCUGAAGUGGUCGCCGUCAGUGAGUGCAGCAGCAAGAAGCGGAAGGCGGCAGCGAUAGAGCCGGAGGUGCUGUCGUCGCCGGUGACCACGAAUCCCAGACUGCCCAGCAGCGGCCUGGCAGUGGAGACCUGAAGAAA